AUGGAGCCCGACAACGGUACGUCUGGUGCUCAAUCGCCCGUGGAUGUCCAGUUGCUGAAAGCGCCUGCCGAUGACGCACCUGUGUCAGACUUGUCUGUCCCGCCAGUCUUGGAUCCUGCUCAGGACACCAAGGGUCUCUCUCCGGCAGACCAAUCGUCAUCAAGUCGGGUGCACCAUCAGCACUCACCGGUCAAGGCAGCCCGAGGCGACACAACACAGGAGCCUCGCUCGGGGAGCAGAAUCGGACAGGUCACUCGCUCGUCGAGUCGAGCUCGUCGGCGGUUCAGCGGGAGUACAGCCGCCAGUUCUGUCAGUGAGAUGGAGUCAAGUGGACCAAAACCGUGGCGAUUGGGAGUAUGCGCACUGGACGUCAAGGCUCGCAGCAAGCCCAGUCAGAAUAUCCUGACCCGCUUGCAGUCCAAAGGAGACUUUGAGGUCAUUGUAUUCGGCGACAAAGUGAUUUUGGACGAAGCAGUCGAGAAUUGGCCUGUUUGUGACUUUUUGAUCGCUUUCUUCUCUGAUGGGUUUCCACUGGACAAGGCAAUUGCCUAUGCGAAGCUUCGCAGACCGUUCUGCGUCAACGACUUGCCCAUGCAAAAAGUGCUGUGGGACCGACGGCUAUGCCUUCGCAUUCUCGAUCAAAUGGGAGUCCCCACGCCGAAGAGAAUGGAGGUCAAUCGAGAUGGAGGUCCAGUGUUGGAGUCCGCUGAAUUGGCCGAGCACAUCCUUCAGUUGACUGGUGUGAAAUUGGAUGGUCCGGAAGAUGGGACGGGCGGUGGUGCUCCGAGAACGCAGAAUGUGUCCAUGUCCGAGGACGGAGAGUCAUUAAUCGUGGAUGGGCAGGUCCUUCGAAAACCAUUCGUGGAAAAGCCGGUGAACGGCGAGGAUCACAACAUCCACAUCUAUUUCCCCAAUGAUGAACAGUACGGCGGUGGAGGCCGAAAGCUGUUUCGCAAGGUGGGGAAUAAGAGCUCCGAGUACGAUCCGGAAAUGACGAUCCCACGAUCAGUCACCGAGCCCGAAGCCAGCUAUCUCUAUGAACAAUUCUUGCGGGUUGAUAAUGCCGAGGACGUGAAAGCGUACACGGUUGGACCGGACUUCUGUCAUGCCGAAACACGCAAAUCUCCUGUGGUCGACGGUCUGGUGCGGCGUAACACUCACGGCAAAGAGCUGCGCUAUAUCACGAAACUGAGCAAGGAAGAGGCGGCGAUUGCCUCGAAAAUCUCGAAUGGAUUCGGACAGCGGAUCUGUGGCUUCGACAUGCUUCGGGUCGGUGACAAGAGCUAUGUGAUUGAUGUCAAUGGGUGGAGCUUUGUGAAAGACAACAAUGACUACUACGACAAGUGCGCCCACAUUCUGCGAGAGACCUUCCUUGCAGAUCUCGAGAGACGUCGAGCUGAGCCUAACGCGGAGAUGAUGGAAUCUCAAACUACGGAGGCAGGCUCGUCCCGACGGAGUAUGACGGGAUCGCAUAGGCAGGCAUUGAAAACCCUACUCAAGUCGCCUAGUACAUCCCGGCUUUAUGGAAAUCCCGGUGUGCACAAGGCCCCCGAAUCAAAUGCUUCGGAUACGGUCACCGGUGCCGGGUCAGUCACCUCUUCAAACGACCAAGCUGAGAACGCAGAUGCCUUUGGGAAUUCGGUGGUGGCAAGUCCUCGAGAUGCUCAAUUUGAGCUCCGUGGUCCCAGUCCCUCCAAUACAAAGUCACCCGCGGUUUCCAUUCACCAGUCAACCGAUGGUCUAGCUGCUCUUCCUCCCCCUCCGGCAUCGAAGCACUCGUGGAGAUUAAAGGGAAUGGUGGCCGUCAUCCGUCAUGCUGAUCGCACACCAAAGCAAAAAUUCAAAUUUACAUUCCACAGUCAGCCGUUUGUCGAUCUUCUCAAGGGUCACCAAGAAGAAGUUGUCAUCAAGGGCGAGGCUGCCUUGUCCAGCGUUUCAAAUGCCGUCAAGAUCGCGUUGGACCAAGGCCUUGAGGAUAUGGAGAAGCUGAAGCUGCUACGCACCUCAUUGGAAAAGAAGGGCGGAUGGCCCGGUACGAAGGUGCAGAUCAAGCCCAUGUUCCGCAAACGCAAGCCCGAGGAAAUGUCACCCGAAAUGCGUGAGCGGAACUCGGAGGCAACAUUGACUCCAGGAGCCGAAGAGCACAUCCCUGAAGAGGCACUGCCGCCCACGCCGGGUGGGACAGGAGUCGAGGUGGAGAGUGACAAUGACCCUCUACGUCGACCUCAGACACGCAGUGACUCAAUAUCUGGUGCUACUUUUUCCCGUUUCUCUGCUGUGGAAAACGAUCUUAUCUUGGAUAAGUUGCAGCUUGUGAUCAAAUGGGGUGGAGAACCUACGCAUGCAGCACGCUAUCAAGCGCAGGACCUGGGUCUCAACAUGCGAGACGACCUCAAGUUGAUGAACAAGGAAGCGCUCAGCAACGUGCGGCUUUUCACCAGCUCGGAGAGGAGAGUUAGCACCAGUGCACAAAUCUGGGCAUCCUCAUUCCUUGAUCAAAAAGAGCUCCCCGAAGAUUUCAUCCAGGUUCGCAAGGAUCUGCUUGAUGACUCGAAUGCUGCGAAAGAUGUCAUGGACAAGGUCAAGAAGAAGCUAAAGCUACUCUUGCGAGAGGGAUUCGCGCCGUCUCAGUUCGCAUGGCCCAAGGAUAGCAAUAUUCCUGAGCCGUCAGUUGUUCUCUCAACAGUCGUAGAGCUGAUGAAGUAUCAUCGUAGUGUCAUGCGACACAACUUUGAAAGACUUGAAGCUUCGGCGGCGAGGAACGGUGACAGCACUAUGGACGUGGAAGAUGCGGCCAAUUCUGAAUUGGCCAGGAUCCAAGGCCGUUGGUGUGCAGGAGAAGACCCGCGACUCUUCCGAGAACGCUGGGAGAAGCUGUUUGCCGAGUUCUGCGAUACUGAAAAGGUUGAUCCGAGCAAAAUUUCUGAGCUCUACGAUAGUAUGAAGUUUGAUGCACUGCAUAAUCGGCAGUUCCUCGAGUGGGUAUUCAUGCCCCCUGAGAACGAGCGCGACGAGGAUGAUUCCAGCUGUUCCAAGGGCAGAAGCUCCUCCAAGUCCGACUCGGCUUCUGAAAGCAAGUCGGGAUCGGAACCAGCCAGCGAGCGAAUGGAUGAGCGCGGAGAAAGCCAACCAUUCAGUCAUCGUUUCAACUGGAAGAAACGACUCCAUGCGCUCGAGUCUCUGCCCCACCUCCGAGCCUUGGAUGACUCCUACGACCACUACUUCAAGCUCUUCCCUGGCUCGAGUUCGACCAAGUGCAAGGUUGAUGAGCGGUUAUCCAAGCUUCGCGAAUUAUAUAAACUGGCCAAGGUUCUCUUCGACUACGUGACGCCGCAGGAGUACGGUAUCACUGAUAGCGAGAAGCUCGAGAUUGGCCUUCUCACAUCGCUUCCAUUGCUUCAGGAAAUUGUGCAUGAUCUCGAGGAGGUGCAGGCAUCCGACGACGCAAAGUCCUUCUUCUACUUCACUAAGGAGUCCCACAUUUACACUCUCCUGAACUGCAUUUUGGAGGGCGGUAUCCAAACAAAGAUUGCGCGACGCGCCAUCCCAGAACUUGACUACCUCUCUCAGAUUUGCUUCGAGCUAUACGAGUCCAUCGACAGUGAAAGCGAGACUGACCCUUACUCAUACUCUAUCCGCAUUUCCAUCAGUCCUGGGUGCCACGCCUUUGAUCCUCUCGAUGUGCAGCUUGAUUCUCGCCAUGCUAUCGGCUGUGCUCCGCGACGCAGUCUCACUGCCCAUCAGGACUGGAAGGAAGUCAUCGAGACUCUGAAAGCGAAGUUUGACACUGUCAAGUUACCCAAGUCGUUUAUUGCCGUGAAUCUCAGUGACAAGCACUUUGCUUCCUCGCCAGUGGAGUAG